GUUGAAUGGUAGCAAGUAGAGAGAGAGAGAGGAGCAAAGGAAUUAAAAGGGAAAGGGCAAUUAAUGGCGGCCUCCAUGAUGUCUUCCUUGGCUCUGAAGCCGUCUCCACGUCUCCAUUCGGAGAGGCCACAACAGGCCGCGAGAGGACUUCCUUCGUUGGCGAGGCCGUCUUCCUUCAAGGUUCGGGCCAGCGGAGGCAAAAAGAUCAAGACCGACACCCCUUACGGAACUGGAGGAGGGAUGAACUUGAAAGGUGGUCUAGAUGCAUCCGGGAGGAAGCCUAAGGGAAAGGGUGUUUACCAGUUUGUGGACAAAUAUGGUGCAAAUGUUGAUGGCUACAGCCCAAUCUACUCUCCAGAUGAAUGGUCUCCCAGUGGUGACGUGUACGUCGGAGGAACCACAGGGCUCUUGAUAUGGGCUGUGACUCUCGGCGGGCUCCUCCUUGGGGGCGCUCUUCUUGUGUACAACACGAGUGCUCUGGCUCAGUAGAAAUACUAUCCUCAUACUGCUGUGUCCUGUAUUCUACCCGUCUAAGUUUCUCUUGUUAUUGUCAAGUCUCUCAUGUUUGAAAACAUACUAGUUGUUUAUAAUUAAUGAGCUUGAUUAUAAUUCUGGGACACACAUGGUUCAUUUUCUCUA